AUGUGCGAACGUCUGCCAGCACUGCGGGCGUGCGCAUUAUGGCCAGUCGUGCCCUGCAGCCUACUGGGGGUCCGCGACGAUGAAGCCACGCGCUUUGCACAAGCUCUCGACAAGGAAGCUCAAACUUUCGAGCUGCUGGUGCAACUGCACAAAUCCGGCCGUCUAGGCCCUCCCCAGAAGCCGGCUAAGUCGAAGGGCGCUGUUAAAACAGAUCGUCCGAUGACUGGUCAGGGUGACGGCGCUGAACUGGAACCAGUCGUAGAGAAAUCCACACUGGUGCAAGGCAGCGAAAAGGAGGCCAGGCCUAAAGCUCCUAGCGUUGUCUCCGUUUACUUCAACCUGCCUACUUGGAAAGACAUUCCCGAGUGUAAGGAGAAGCUGGACGCAGCGGACAGGGACGAAAAUAAGGCGCUCCGGGAGCUGUGGUUUAAACAGAUCACUGGCAUGGCUGACUGGAAGACCGACGAGACUUUGCUCCGGGCUAAUGCACGGAACAAUGUCACCGUCAAGGAUAUUCGUGAACUCGGCGACCCCAAGUGGAAAGCUCUUGGGAACGACGUGGGCCCGGUGAUCUUGCCCAUGGAAGUCGACGAGGACAUGACCUCGGAAUCUGCAAACGCAGGCUGA